GUGAGCACUCAGCCUUCCGCACACGUACUCCCACACCCGCCGUACCGCACACGUACUCCAGUCCCACACCCUCCGUACCGAGCCGCUACUGUAGGACAACACGCUUUUACUAUGUGUGAUGAAGCCACUGAAGUGUGACGCAGGUUGGGAGAGCUGAUUGAUUGACAGGUGAAGUGGACGACAGGUACAACAGCCAGAGGCCCGUCCUGGUGCAGGGAGAGAAGGGGCGGGUAGGAGUGGAUGGACCGUAGUGCCGAGGCGGUGUGUUUCGGGCGGUGACAAGGGAUGGAUAGCCUGGAACUGAGGCUGAGUAGUAUUAUGCAGCUGCGGUCACGGCGAUGCGUCCUGGUACUGGGCGUGUCCAUCGUGUGCAAUGUAGUCCUGUUCCUCCGCGUCAUGCAGCCACGUGAAACCCACGUGUCAGAAUUCAUCCGUAAGGAAGGGGAAUUCCAGGAUCUCCGGGCAGCUGCAUUACAAGCACCUAGCAAAUUAACGGAUGAUGAGAGUCAUGCCAUCCCCGGACCAGACGAGACGGCCUUCCGUUCUCUGGACUUCCAGCGGACAGAAAAGGAGGAAGCGAUUCCAAAAUCUGACGAUGAAGAAGAAGAAGAAGAUCCACAGUCUGAUGAUAAAGACAGUGUAGACAACAACAGGGAGGAGGAUGAGAAGGUGAUGAAAGAAGUUGCCAAGGAGAAUGUUUUCCAUGAUGCGGGGACGAAGGACAAUGGCACGGCCCCUGCUACCACCUCCCCGCCUCCAGAAGCUGUCCCUACAGACAACCCCAACUGGGUCUUCAACAGGACGGCUGCAGAUGAGUUCAGGACUCUUGUCGAAGACGCAACGAAGACACAGGAAGUCUUUGUGAUGACACAAAAAAAUGUGCAAUUAAACAGACUUCUCAAGUACGAGGCGCAGAAGUAUUACAUCAACGUUACCAGAGACCUGUACAACUGGUUACCUAGGGAGCAGCCGUUCGGCUUUAAGCGGUAUAAGAAGUGCAGUGUGGUGGGGAAUGGCGGGAUCCUGCUCAAGAGCGGCUGUGGGGAGAAGAUUGACUCAGCAGACUUCGUCAUCAGACUAAACCUACCAUACAUGGGGAACUACUCCAGAGAUGUAGGCAAGAAGACAAACUUAGUUACGGCAAAUCCUACCAUAUUAAAAGAAAGAUUUCGGAGCCUGCGGUUUCGAGUCAACAGGGAAACCUUUCUGAACUACACGUCACACUUUCAAGACGCUUUCAUGUAUUUUAGUGCGUUUACGUAUAGGAUGUGUACAACGUUAUCUUUCAACGCUUACCGGACAGUGCAAAGUGUGAAGGGCAAACGAACCAAUGCCACUGUAAUAUUCGGACACCCGCAACACCUAGCUCUGGCUACAAAAUUCUGGAAAGGACAGUACAAGAUAAACGAAAGAAGGUUAACGUCAGGUCUGUACUUGGCGGGCACCGCCCUCAGCCUGUGCGAGGAGACCCAUCUGUACGGGUUCUGGCCCUUCGAUCACGACAGGCAGGGCCGCGUGCUCACACACCACUACUACGACAACAUCACCAUGUCAGCUAAACACAAGAGAAUUCGCCAACAUUCCAUCCCGGAAGAGUUCGCUGUCCUCCGCAGCCUCCAUAACCGCGGCGUCCUACACAUGACCACGGACAGGUGCUCUUGACGAAAACAAGGGACAUUCUGAGCUGUUUACAUACAUGUUUGUUACCUGUUAUGUGUGACAUGUGCUCGGGAAAAUAUUCAUUCAGCUGACGUGCUGAUACAAGUGACAUGUUGGGUGUUGCUAAUUCUGUAUAAAUGAUGGGGAAUCAUGCACGGGCAACUUCACAUGCUACAUCAGUUAUAACAUAAGACUUUUGAUGAUUUAGUUGUUAGUGUAAGAGACUAUGUACAGAUAAAAGCAAGGCAUUUGCACAGUAGAAGUCUAUUGCAUCACUUCGCAAAAUCUAGCCAUGCGAAGGUUUAAUGACCUUUUAUCUAGGUAGCAAGAUAGAUACAUACAUACAUACAUAGAUAGAUAGAUAGGUAGAUACAUAGAUAAGUAUUAGAUAUGAAUAGCGGUAAAAUAUUCCUGUACUUAUGAAGAAAUCAAAUGUUCUGGAGGGGGUAAAAUCUUUUGAACGAUUUGAAUGAAUUUUUAUCUGACAUGUAUUUUUGAGACGAACUUUGGUAUAGAGCCAGCACCUUUUGGCUUACUUAAGCAGGAGCUUUGAUAUGUUGUUCUCUACACGUAAAAUGCCUGUUGUAAAUAAUGCUCUGCGAAGAAACAGCAAUACGCAAAACUGCUAUACGCAAGAAACCGCUAGCUACAGAUGUAAAGGGCUUAAACCAUUAAAUCCUUUAAGGUCACUGGCCGCUAUUAGUAAAGCAUAUAGAAAUCCAACCGUCAUAGAACUCUUCAGUGAGAUAUGUAUUUUUUAUCUUACCACAACAGAUGUUCAUUUUUAUUUCGCACACAGUGUGCGACGUUUUUACUAUGUAGGAUACAUAUAUAUAACAUAUAAUGAUGUACUAGUAUUUACUGUGAUUUAUUCAGUAUUCACCUAGUCGUAGAUUUGGAUCAGCGACAUCGCAUUGUACCAUUGUCAGCAAGGACUUCAGACACCAUAACUUAGCAGUAGUCAUUUGAUGCAACGAUUGCAGUGUAGCUUUGCUGAAAAAUUGGCUGCAAAAUGCCUUCUUAUGUCAAGAAAAGCAAUGGUCUACAGAUUCCUUUUCUACGCAGGCUCUCACUUAAGAAAGAUUUAGUACUGGCAGACUAGUACAGGAUUCGUGUGCUUGAUUCUAUGUCAGGCGGGUAUCUUAUUGAUCCGCGGAAAAUUGCGCCAAAAAUUGUGCCAGCUUUGCGGAUUUAUACAAAUAUUGCGGUCGUGCAACGCAUUUACGUAUGAAGCACACAUGCACAUGGUAUUGGGAAUCGCAGUGUUGACAUUGAAUUAGAAGCCAAUGUGCCAUGCUAUCAAAAUGCAUCAAAGGGGAUUUACAGUGAAAAAGGAUGUUUAACAAUACUCGGCGCAAAAUAUUAUAAAGUUUCAUAAAUGUUUUUAAUCGCAAUUUUGUGCGACAAAUUGGCGCCUGUGUGCGAAUGCAAAUAGGCGCGACCCAGUGAGAUGUUCCUAACAUCAUUUAGAGCAUACGUCAUUAAUUACCUUUGUUUAACUUUUUAAAACGUCAAUAAUGCUUAUCCAGAGAAAAUCGUAUACUUAUAUUUGCAAUAAGGCCACUACGGUAGUUGUUUUAGUGUAGCCAUUUCACGUCGAACUAAAAUGUAUUAUAUGCGAGGUUUGAAAAAGAUAAUUUUACUACUGAUACGAUUUUAGAUUUAAGGCCACGUUUUGUCGCAAACCUUUAUUGUAUGCCCUGCCUUUAUUUAGCAAACCCCCGAUAUUUCUGGUACAUACAUGUAUGCUGCUGUUCAGAACAUUACAGAUGUAAAUACGUUGCAAUAAUGGUACAUGGCAUGGGGGUAUUCGUCGUUAUUAAUGUACAGAAUGCAGUGCAAAGGCAUGGUUGUCCCGUCCAUGUAUUAUUUGUCGGAACAAUUCUCACUUUAUUUAUGUCAUCUUUGUACAUGAAUACUUCUCAUAUAUGAUAUCUACUAUUACAUCGAUACAUUGUCUUAAAUGCAAUGACAUCUGAUUGUCUUAAAGAAAAUAGAUCUAUAUUUCUCAAAGCAAGAAAAAUGCAGUAUCAGUGAAAGAAAUUGGAGAAAUGUAUGCGGGCAUUGUUACUUGGCUCGUUGGAGUCAAAUCAUCUUGAAUAUUUACGGGAUGAUACAUGCCGCCUUUGUCUUAUGAAAUAAACGCAAAAGAAGGUCA